CCUCCUGCAGACAAAGAGAAAAUCCAGGCCCUCCCAACUAUUCAUAUAACAGAGGAACACGUAGGUUCUGGGCUGGAGUGCCCCGUCUGUAAAGAAGACUACGAAGCUGGUGAGAGCGUCCGGCAACUCCCUUGCAACCACCUCUUCCAUGAUGGCUGCAUAGUCCCUUGGCUGGAACAGCAUGACACCUGCCCCGUGUGUCGGAAAAGCUUAAGCGGACAGAACACCGCCACAAACCCACCGGGACUCUCGACGAUGAGUUUUGCUUCUUCCUCCUCCUCCUCCUCUUCAUCCUCUUCCAGUUCACCAAGUAACGAAAACUCCACAAACAACUCAUGAAUAGAUGGGAAAGCAAAACAAAAUGAAAAAAAAAACCCCCCAGAGAACGAUGCCACUCUCAUACUACUCUUUUUCUAAUGUCAUGGCCCUUCCUCUCUUCUUCCCAAAACCACUGUAGGGAAGGAGGGAGGUCUCUGGAGCAGAGCAAAAAGGGGGAGAGUGGCGGUGGUGGAAUGACAACUCUAGAGCCCUCUUCAUACCCUCACCCUUGGGUGUUCAGUGUUACAUCUCACCUUUUCUUCUAAUGGGCAGCAAUGUGGGCAACCUGGCCUUUUUUAAA